CACCGAUCACGGAAAGAGCCGAAGAUGUCGGCUCGGUCAUGUGAUCAGCUGUGUUCAAUCACAGCUGAUCACAUGGCACUGAUGAUCAGUGUGCCCUGAUGAUCAAUGUAGCCCCAGCAGUGCCUCCUGUCAGUGUCCAUCAGUGCCUUAUGUCAGUGCUCAGCAGUGCCACAUAUCAGCGCCUACCAGUGCACAUCAAUGCCACAUAUCAGUGCCCAUCUGAACUGCCUUUCAGUGUCACUCAUCAGUGCCAGACAGUGCCACCUAUCAAUGCCAAUCAGUGCCACCUAUCAGUGCUGCCAAUCAGUGCCACCUAUCAGUGCCAGUCAGUGCCGCCUAUCAGUGCCAGUCAGUGCUGCCUAUCA